AUGGCUAGUCCGGCAAGAAAGAUUGUCAUCUUUUCCGACUUCGAUGGCACCAUCUUCAUGGAAGAUAGUGGACAUGUUCUUGUCGACAACCUUGGCUGCGGAGCAGCUUAUCGCGAAAACCUCGAAAGACAAAUGAAGUCGGGCGAACGGUCAUUCCGUGAUAUUUCUGAGGACAUGUGGGGUUCUUUGACAAUUCCCUUCGAGGAUGGGUUUGAUGUUAUGCGCGACAACAUGAAGAUCGACCCCGGGUUCCAGGAAUUCCACAAGUUCUGCCUCAGCAAGGAUAUAACAUUCAACAUCAUUAGUUCCGGGCUUAAACCUGUUUUACGCGGGGUGCUGGAUACUUUUCUGGGAGAAGAAGAGUCGUCGCAAAUCCCGAUUAUUGCGAACGAUGCCGAAAUCCAUGCCGGGGAGAAAUGGAAGCCUGUCUGGCUACACGCGACUGAAAUGGGUCACGACAAGAGGCAGUCUGUCCACGAGGGCCGUGCUGAAGCAGAGGGACUCUGUAUUAACGGCCAGAUUCCUCUGAUCGUCUUUAUUGGCGACGGACUCACUGACCUCGAAGCCGCACGCGAAGCCGACGUUCUGUUUGCUCGGAAAGGGCUCCGUCUCGAACAACACUGCACCGAGAACAGUAUACCAUUUAUUCCAUUUGAAAGUUUUUCAGAGAUCAAGGAGCACAUUGACGGCCUUCUCAAGGAGGACCAAGAAAAGACCGGAGGACGGGGCACACCUGCUCGUUUCAACCCUCGCGCCAACAUGUGGAGACGGAUUUCCAGCAAGCAAGCGGUUCCAAAAUUCGUUGCGGCCACCCCGCGUGAGGAAAAGAUGAUGCUUUGGCCCGAGACGUUUUCCGAAUACAACCCCAAGAACUCCGAAAAGGCGGUCGCAUAG